AGACGCAUAUUUUGCAAGCCACACUGGGCAAGCUCAAUAUUUGGUAGUCUACAUGUCAUUAAUUCUUGUUUUCUUCCUGAUCGGCAUUGCUUCGUCUUCAUCAGGUUAUUUCGGCCGGUUGUGAAAAAGACGUACAAAUCCAGCGAAGAGAAUAUUGUUUGCGUAUGCAAUUCAACCUACUGUGACGAUAUUGAGUCCACAGACGACAUUCCAUCAGGGAUCGCUGUUUUGUAUACGUCAUCGCGCAGCGGAAAACGCCUUGAAAAGUCUACCAUCUCGAUUUCUGAAGGAGCGAGCAGCAGUGAUGUCACAAUUACAAUCGACGCUCGAGAGACGUUUCAGUCGAUAAUCGGCUUCGGUGGUGCAUUCACAGACGCUGUGGGGAUCAACCUACGGUCGCUCAGCGAGCAAGCUCAAAGGAAUCUGCUGGAAUCCACGGAUUUCUCCACACACGAGUAUAGCUAUGCUGAUACUGCCAACGAUUUUGAAAUGGAAAAGUUCGCUUUAGCCAAGGAAGACUACCAAUAUAAGGGUGGAGGAGCACUUAUCGGCGAAGUGAAUGGCAAAUAUUACCGCUCGUAUGCUGCGUAUCUUGUGAAGUUCUUCGAAGAAUAUGCUAAAAAUGGCAUUUCGUUUCUGGGGAAUGACACUGCAAAAUGA